CCCUCCUUGGCCUUUCCGGUCUCUGCACUGCAGCUUCCUGCAGUGCUGGCUGCUCCUCGGGCGCAGCGUCCAGCUGCUGCUCUACGCCUCUACUGCUGCAUGCUCUGUGCUCUCUCUCCUCCUUGCAGCGGCAGCCCUCUCCCCCCGUUCCUGUGAUCCUGUCACCCACCGGCCCGUCCAUCCUAUCCCACCUAUAUAUGCCAGCUUGCUCUGCCUCCCAGGGCCAGUGUGUGCGCUCUACAAGUCUACAGCUUCGUGCUCCGUCUCAGCGUUUCAGAGCUGCUGCUGCUGCUGCGACUUGGCUGUUGGAGCACAGCAGCGUGCACAGGGUAGAUAGGAGGAGACAGGAAGGGCAAGGCCGAAGGCGAGGGGAGAGAUGGCUUGGAAUGGCCGCUUCGGCGACGAGGAGGAGGGGAGGGGCCUGGAGCUCAGCCUCGGCCUCCCGGCCUACUUCUCCAGGUCGCCAACCCAGGCUGCAGCUUUGGAGAAGGGGAGCGCUGGCUCUACUGCCGCCGCUGCUGCUCGAGCAAAGGGAAGCAAUGGCUUCAAGGCGAGGCCGGCGGCAGCUGCUCCGGUCGUCGGAUGGCCGCCGGUGCGCGCAUUCCGGCGGAAUCUCGCCUCGUCGUCCUCCAAGCUGCCGUCCCACGAGCCAUCAGGCCAGAGGGCCAGUGAUCCCACAGGCGCCGGCAAGGCCGUUCAGGCCGGCAAGAAGGGGCUGUUCGUCAAGAUCAACAUGGACGGCGUCCCCAUCGGCCGGAAGGUCGACCUCAGGGCCCACGCUGGCUACGACACCCUCUCCGCCGCCGUCGACCACCUCUUCCGCGGCCUCCUCGCCGCUCAAACAUCAGGAGGGGAGCAGGAGGUGAUCACCGGGGUCUUGAACGGCGAGUACACGCUGGUCUACGAGGACGAGGAGGGCGACCAGAUGCUAGUCGGAGACGUGCCAUGGGAGAUGUUCAUCAGCACGGCGAGGCGUCUGCGCGUGCUGAGGAGCUCCGAUCUGAGCCCGUCUUCGCUAACAACAGAUAGCAGGAAGAGAGAAGCAGCUGAGUGCUGAACCGGUGGCUCUGGACUUGGAGUCUGAACUCUGAAGUCUGAACAUGCUGCGUCUUUUCUGCAAGCCAUUUGUGUAAAUCUUCAAGUAGUUUCUUCUAUCAUACUCUUAGUAUUUUGCCUAUCAUGCUAGAGAAGCAAGAACCAAGAGUUGAUCGGUGAUGUUAGAAUCAUGCAAUGCUAGGAUCUGUGUCAAAACUUAUUUUGAAUGGAAGUUUGGCUGUGCUAUCAAGGGAGGUCUGUCUGAUCAUGUUGUCUGAAAUUUUUAAUGUAAGGUGUCUUGGGUGCUUCACACACGAGCUCUGAGCUCUCCAAUACCCAUGCAUGCACGCGCAGUGAUAUUGCUUGCUUGUCUUCUGUUGAGUGCUAAUCUCGUGAAGCACUUUGCGUGGCGCAUGACAUGUUUUAGUAUUCUGAAAACGUAAACAAUGUUCUAAUGUUCUAACAUUUUUUGGUGCUUGCAGUAAGAUUCCUUUUGAAAACGUAAACAACGACUCUUUUUCCAUUCACGGUCAUUCAACUUUGUCAGGUUAAGCUCCAGACAGAAAUUUAAACAAGUAUAAUUAGUUGGAAUAAUUUCUCGUAACUUUCGUCAGGUGAAGAUGCAGGCUGUAACUUUCGUCGGGUGAAGGUGCAGGCUCUCCCGUCCGUUCAGUUUGGGCAGUGGAGGGGAAAGAAAC